AUGCAGAUCAUGUUCAUCAAGGUGGGCGAGGCUGGAGGGUUCCCGUCAAGCAGUGCAAGCAAUGCAUCCUUCAUCAUACCUGGUGACCUGUGCCCCAUCACCUACACCUGGGAGGGAAUAAACGUCUCCUGCAACGCCAGUGUGAUACCUAGAAGGUUCCUCAAGCUCCGCAGGGCCUCUAACAACGUCACCACCAACACACAGCAGCUCCACAUCCUCAAGGACGUGUGUGGGAUAUGUCGCCCCGGGGAGCUACUGGCCAUCAUGGGGGCAUCUGGUGCCGGCAAGACCACCCUUCUUAAUGUCCUCACCCACCGCAACAAUGACAAGCUGAGAGUCAGCGGCAAUAUUAACAUCAACGGCAUUCCAGCCAACUACGACGACAUCACCAGCCGCUCUGCUUACGUCCAGCAAGAUGACAUCUUUGUGGGCACCUUGACUGUGAGAGAGCAGCUCAUCUUCCAGGCUGUGUUGCGUAUGGAUCGCCACUUGUUGUAUAAGGAGAGACUAAGACGUGUGAACCAAGUCAUAAUGGAGCUUGGUCUCACUAAAUGUGAGAACACACUCAUCGGUGUCCCGGGAAAGAACAAGAGUAUAUCUGGCGGAGAGAUGAAGAGGCUGAGUUUUGCCUGUGAGGUACUGACGAAUCCUUCACUGAUGUUCUGUGAUGAACCCACGUCGGGUCUAGACUCCUUCAUGGCUCAGAACGUUGUGGCUAUGAUGAAGAGCAUGGCUGAAAGGGGUAAGACUAUCAUCUUCACUAUACAUCAACCCAGCUCGGAGGUCUACGCUAUGUUUGAUCGGGUUCUACUCAUGGCAGAAGGACGGGUAGCUUUCCUAGGCACCACUGAUGAGGCUUUAAGAUUUUUCAGCAAUUUGAACCUGCACUGCCCUAAGCAGUUCAAUCCGUCAGAUUUCUUCAUUGACCAGCUGUCCGUGGAGCCUGGCAAGGUGCUUCUCUCACAGCAAAAGAUUGCCAAGAUCUGUGACAUCUUCAGUUCCAGCCAACUAGGAACAGCUUUGUCCGAGGACUUAUUGAGCAAUCAGAAUUCACAGUCACAGGAUACUUCCACUCACUUCCAAACAAAGAACGCUUCACCAUAUAAGGCAUCGUGGGUAAGUCAGUUCUGUGCUGUAUUAUGGCGCUCCUGGCUCGAGGUCCUACGUGAACCUUACCUAGUUCGCAUCCGCUUCUUUCAGCUCCUGACCUUGGCAGUGUUGGUGGGAGUAUUAUACCGAGGACAGAACAUGAAUGACUUAGGAGUCUUUAAUAUCAAUGGAGCUCUCUUCCUGCUACUCAUCAACAUGACGUUCCAAAACUGUACCACUGUUUUUAAUACAUUCUGCUCGCAAAGGGAACUCUUUCUACGGGAACACUUUAAUGGAAUGUAUCGCUCAGAUGUCUACUUCCUGGCCAAAAACCUGGUGGAGAUUCCCUUCUUCAGCAUGUACUCCAUUCUGUACACCUCCAUCAUAUACUGGGUGAUAGGACUCAACCCCUGCCUUGAGAGGUUCCUCUUAUGCCUUUUGGUGACCAUCCUGGUGUCCUUAUGCACAGUGUCUUUCGGUAAGUAACGCUUCUCCUCAAUGUUUCCUAUUAUUUUAAUUUGAGUCAGUCAUAUAACCUUAACUCUUUCACCCCCUAACUCUUUUCAGUCCCUCUCCUAACACUCUUUAUCAUCCUUCUUAACUCUUUACUCAUCAACAUACACCAUUUCAACAUUUUUUCUCAAACCGUAAUUAUA